CAGCACCAUAACCCAGACGACUAAUUUUAGUUUGUCAACAAAAUGAAAAGUUCUCAAGUGAAGCUUCUCAAAAGUGAUCACACAGACUAACAAUGGUGAAAGCAGUGGUGGGAGAAGAAACUCGUCUUCAAUUAGCCGAAGAUCGUCUUGCUCAAUCUGCAAUUCCUGCUCAGGUAGGGUUAGUGAUAGGCAAGCUUAAUCGGAAAUUAGAUCGAGGUUUUAUCUUUGAUUUAGUUCCAACACCUCCUAAUGAUGCUGGAGAUCCUCCUUGUUCCAUCAUUGAACCUUUUAAAGCCGAUAAGAAGAAGAAUUCCAAGCCUAAAUCUUCACCUGACUCUUCUUCUCUCUUUGUCGAUAAAGAUUGGAUCGCCGAACACGCUCGGCAGGUUUCUCGGUUGCUGGUUGGUGGUGUCAAGGUAAUUGGUAUCUAUGUCUGGGUUGCUGAAAUUGUCUUCAAGAAUUCAACACUAGUACUUUGCCAGACUGUCAAGGGAGUAGCAGAUGCAGCUUUUUCAUUGGAAAAUGAUUUUCAAGAGAUGUUGCUUCUUCACAUAUCUUAUAGCCCUAGAAGAUGGACAUGUCGAAAUUGCUCCGUGUCUUCAAAUAUAACAUCAAGUAGUCUACGACCUUGUGAUUUUAAAAUGGGAAGGACUCUAAAUUCCCUCCAAACUUUUAGGUGCAGCUACAAAUUCAAUAUGAGAAUUCCAAUUUGUGGUGAAAAUCUGUCAAAUGCCAAAAUGUUGAAAGAUGUCUUGCAUGAUGGAAUAUCGUUGCAUGCCAAGGAGUUGAAAGGCGCGAAAGCAAUUAUUGAUGGAAAUUUGGUUGAUGUAACCGCGGAAGAGCCGUGCACUUCUGAUGAUGUACAUGAUGUCGAACUGCUUUUGCCUCUUAAUCUAUCAGCGGAAGCCAGCAACCAGAAAGACAUUGUUGGGAUUCUCAUCUACUCUGGUACAGUGUGUUCUUAUUCAUAUCUUAACUCAAAAGAACCCAUUUCACAAGCUGUGGCUGAUAUAAAGGAAGAUAUUAUCAUGAGCCUGAGAAGUAGAUUGGAAAUUAUCUCUGACGAGGCUGAUAGGGAAACUGUUGCAGCUUUUGAAGAUGGUUCUGGAACAAACAUAGAGAGUUUUAGUAAAGGAUCUGUCUAUGAUAUUAUCCAACAGCCUUUGAGAAAGCAAUGCAUACUGCCAUUUCCUCGGAGAGUAUUCAUACCUUGGCUGGCAGGCACUUUCAUCUGUGACUAUCUUUUACCGACUGAAGAUUUUGAGGCCCUUAAAGAUCACUUUGUCGAGUUGCUGUCAAUGGAAGCCCCAGAAGAUCUCUCAACGCUCUUGCAACCAGAAAAGGAACUUCCAAGCUUAACUGCCAAAUCAUUCUGGGAUGUGGUAGCCCCUUCACAUCGAGCAUCUGAUACUGCUUAUACUGAUAGUAAGAGCCAGGAUGAUGUUGUGAAGGGUGAAUCCAAAAGGUUAACCACCAGUAAUUUUAACAUCAUCUUUGCUGGUUUCAUUCUGCUCAUUGCAAUUAUAUCAGGAUUGCUAUUUCAUGCAAGGAAUUCUAAUUGAAGAUGCAAGCUGACAACAGAGAAGUAUCUUUACUGUAGAAAAUUGUUGGUAUGUUCUAUAUAGUUUUUUGACCUCCCAUCCUCUUUUCUCUCUUUUCUUUUUUUUGUUGGGGUUGUUGAUCACCAACAAAUCUUUCAAUAUAGUAAUACCAUCAACUUAGCAACUUAAAGCAGAUAAGCAGAACAAUAGGUUAUUAUUUUCUGAUGGUUGUCGUUUAUGAUAUUUAUGGCUUUGUAAUUAUUCUUUGAGGCAAAUUACACUUAUCAGGCUAUCAUUUCAUGACUA